GAGCGAUAUUUGGUCGAUUAUCAAAAACGGGAAGGAAAAGCUGGAGAAGAAGACUCGACAAGCUGUAGAUGUUUCUGUAGGCAAUUGGACGUUCUCCUUCCUUUUUCUAGGAUGACGACGUAUUGUUAUUGGAUAAAGCUCAGAAAGUGAAGGAAGAUGUGUUAGUAAACCCACUUCUGGACGUGGAUGACUCACUCCCUGAAUGGCUAACGCGUGACAACUUAUUCAAUGAGAAAAAGUUGAGAGACUAUCCUAUAUGCGAGCUCCACGAAGAACUCUACUAUUUGGACAAGUGGUUAGAACCCACCCAAAUAGACAAGUAUAUGCGUUGCUGUGUCUAUGAAGAAACUGAAAAGGUUAUUUUGAGUGCUAUAGAUAGUGCAACCGUGUACCCGUUUGGUUCAUUUCUUACGAAUCUAUGCAUUCCUGAUAGUGAUUUAGACUUAAUGGUUCAUUGUAACGAAGACAUAAACUACCUUCAUCGCGUUGAACUAGCGCUCAGAGAGAGCGGAAUCGCUACAAACAUUUCCGUUUUGCAGCACACACGCGUCCCCCUCGUAAAAUUCCGUCACAUCGUACAUGUUCCUUUCUCUCUGUCAAACCUCCUAGAAAACGGGCAUCGAUGUGGAUAUCAGCUUUAACCAAGAGUCUUCUCUCCUUACAUCCGCCUAUGUGUUACGUCAGAUCGAUCGCUAUCCCUACCUCCAAAGCAUGGUUCGGAUUUUGAAAUAUCUUCUUUCGCAACGUGGAAUGAACGACACUUA